AGGGUGGGGUGAAGGAUGUAAUGAUGAAAGAUCCAAGGAAGAAAUUUCAGUAUAAUAUAUUUUGCCGGUUUUUCUUUUGUUGGAUAGAGCCAUUGUUUUGUAUUGGUUGUCGUAGAAGCCUCCUUCAAGGGGAUUUGUACACUCAUCCCUCAGAAUGUGACUCACUAUAUCUCUAUGACAAGUUCAAUAGGUAUUGGCUGCACGAGCUGGUCACUAGAGGUAAUGCUAAUAAAAGGAUGUGGUUGGUCAUUGUGAAGUGUCUUUGGUGGAGAAUGUUGCUAAUGCAAGUUUUGACAUUCAUACUGGUCUCCAUAUUGCUGGCACAGUCAGAAGUUUUAGGUUUACUAACAAAUUAUUUUUCAAUUGAAAGUCCAACCUCAGAUGAAACGAGAGAUGCAUACAUUUAUGCUUCACUUCUUAUAUUCUCAUCAAUCUUACUAAUGUUCAUUAACUAUGUGUUUUAUAUUGGGCGCAAGAUGGGUGGAAUGGUGAGAAUUAUACUAACCAGUGCAAUCUAUUGUAAGGUAUUCAGAUUGAGUCAAACAACCAUCAGUCGUGUGACUAUGGGUCAUGUGAUUAAUGUUGCUUCUAAUGAUGUUCAUCGUUUUGAUGAGUGUGUAUCAUACUUUCCAUUUCUCUUGGUUUUCCCCAUUCAUCUGUCAGUUGUUGUCUAUUUACUGUUUCUAAAGCUGGAAUGGUCUUCAAUGAUCACUCUUGGCAUAAACAUUAUAUUUAUACCACUUACAUUGGCUCUGGCUACCAUAUACUCAAAGUUGAGGUAUAAAGCUGCUAAAGUGACUGACAGGAGAGUUAAAGUAAUGAAUGAAGUCAUUAGUGGUAUGAGAGUCAUUAAAAUGUACGGCUGGGAAUAUGCUUUUAGUCAACUAGUUUCAAGAAUAAGAAGACAUGAAAUCUGGUUUAUUUUAGCUAGUAUGAUGAUAAAGGAGUUCAAUAAUUUACUCUCUCGGAGUGUCAUUAACAUUACUAUGUUAUUCACAUUCAGUGUGUUUACUCUAUUUGGUGGUAUACUUACUCCUGGGAUUCUCUUCAGUACUUUAGCAAACAUUUUCUUCUUGCGUUAUAGUGCCAUUCAUUUUUCUGUGGCUAUGGUUCAGUUGUUUGAUGCUCAAGUUGGAUACAAAAGAAUAAAGGAAUUUUUGCUGCUGCCAGAAUUAUCAGUUAUUUCAAUUGCUGAAAAUGCUAAAUGUGAUGAUAAUGUUACACUAGUUCCUCUUACAGCCACAAAUAAGAAUGUAGACAAUGAUAUUGGUCCAAGAAUAACCGUUGAUCAUUUAACUGCUUCAUGGUCGAUGGACAUUUGCAAACCAACACUGCUCGAUAUUUCUUUUAAUGUAGAUGAAAAGGAUAAUGCAUUGCUGGCUGUUGUAGGUCCUGUUGGAUCUGGGAAGUCUACUUUGCUCCAGUGUUUAUUGAAGGAGCUACCAGCAUUAAGUGGUACAGUAUCAGUGAGAGGAUCAAUAGGAUAUGCUAGUCAAGAAGCAUGUGUAUUCUCAACCAGUCUUAGGGAGAACAUACUGUUUGGUUUACCAUAUGAAGAUCAAUGGUAUAGGACUGUGGUACAUGCUUGUGCUCUUGAAAACGAUAUAUCAUUAUUGGAGAAUGGUGAUCUGACACUAGUGGGAGAGAGAGGAGUGACACUCAGUGGUGGUCAAAAGGCACGAGUCAAUCUAGCAAGAGCUGUCUACAGAAAAGCUGACAUAUACUUGCUUGAUGAUCCUUUGAGUGCUGUAGACUCUGCUGUCAGUAGACAUAUAUUUGAAAAGUGUAUCUGUGGAUUAUUAGCAGAGAAAUGUGUUGUACUGGUAACACAUCAAACACAAUAUUUAAUGCAUUGCCAUUCUGUACUGAGACUGGCUGAAGGUAGGAGUGUUGAAGGGGAUAGUAAUGAAGCUACUACAAAUCAAGUUGUUGAGACAAGAGCAGUGACUGUUACUGAAUCCAGUGAAAGUUUAAGCUAUGAAGAUGAUGCUGCAAAUGAGGAUGAUACUAAUUUAUUACAUGUACCUGAUGAAGAGCGGGCUCAUGGUACAGUGUCCAUGAAAACUUACUGUCAGUACUUCAAAGCUGGUGGUGGCUACCUAUUUACAGCACUUGCUUUUGGAUUAUAUAUUAUAACUGAAGCAGUUAUUGUUAUUACUGACUGGUGGAUUGCUGAUUGGUCACAGUGUUCUGUACAUGAUAACCUUAAUAGCUCCUACUCUUCCACCUGUCUUUUAUCUAACAGUGAAAGAGUUCAGAUAUAUAGCGGGUUAACUGCUGGUUUGAUAGCACUUUCUUUUAUUGGGAAAGCUUUUAUGUGUGGCCUACUAAUAAGAUCAGCACAAGUACUUCACAACAGGAUGUUUUCUCAUGUCCUGCGAGCUCCAAUAUAUUUCUUUGAUACUAAUCCUAUUGGUCAAAUUUUGAAUAGAUUUUCAAAGGACAUUGGGUUUAUGGAUGACACCUUGGUAUCCAAAUUAUCAAUUUUUUUCACAUUGACAUUUCAAAAUGUAGGAUUGUUUUUGAUUUCAGUCGUUGCUAAUUAUUAUUUGAUAAUACUGGUGGUCAUAAUCCUUGUGGCUUUCAUUGGUAUCAGGUGGUACUACCUCAAGACAGCUAGAGAUAUCAAGAGACUGGAAGCAAUCGCUCGUAGCCCAAUCUAUUCUCACUUAUCACUAACACUGCAAGGGCUCUCAACCAUUCGUUCCUAUUCAAUGGAAUCAAUAAUGAUAGAGAAACUCCACCAGUACCAGAACCAACACACUCAGUCUUGGUAUCUCUUUAUUGUCACUGCAAGGUGGUUUUCUACACGACUUGACUUUUUAAUUGCAUUAUUUUUAGCAACGUUUGUGUUAACUUCGGUUGGACUAUCGCAAGUUCUUGACCCAGCACUGUUGUCACUCACUCUAACAUAUUCACUCCAAUUAACUGAUGUUUUUGCUUUUUAUAUGAGAACGAGCACUGAAGUUGAGUCAUUGAUGGUGUCACCAGAGCGUGUUAUUGCAUAUGGCAAGUUGAAAGUCGAAGCAUCACUUGAAACUCUUUCUCCAAAGUCUCACCCACCACCUAACUGGCCUGAUAAAGGAAAUAUUGUAAUGAAUAGCGUGUCUUAUAAACAUUCAGUGAAUGGCCCUCAAGUAUUAAAUGAUAUAUCUUGCACUGUAAUAUCAAGAGAAAAGGUUGGUAUAGUGGGUAGAACUGGUGCAGGAAAGACAUCAUUAGUAUCAGCAUUGUUUAGAUUAGAGGAACCAGCUGGUGGUAGUAUUGUUAUUGAUGGAGUUGACAUUUGUACUAUAGGACUACAUGAACUUAGGAGGAAUAUAUCAAUCAUUCCUCAAGAUCCAGUUCUGUUCGGUGGAACAAUUCGUUAUAAUCUUGAUCCUUUUGACUUGUAUGAUGAGAGUGACAUAUGGAGAGCUUUGGAACAAGUUCAACUGAAAUCUGCAAUUGAAGGACUAGAUGAAGGUUUACUGUCAAUCAUCAGAGAAGGUGGUAGUAACUUCAGUGUAGGGCAAAGACAACUCUUUUGUUUGGCAAGAGCUUUACUGAGAAAGAACCCGAUUCUAGUACUGGAUGAAGCUACAGCCAAUGUAGACAUAAAAACUGAUUCUAUCAUUCAAGAAGUAAUUCGUGAGCAGUUUAGUGAAUGUACUAUACUGACUGUUGCACAUCGCCUGAAUACUGUAAUGGAUUAUGAUAAAAUUAUGGUACUUGAUAAAGGAGUAUUAGUAGAGUAUGAUGAACCUUAUUUGUUGCUCAGUCGGCCAUCAUCUUACUUAGGGCAAUUAGUAGAUCAGACUGGCCCAAUCAAUGCUAAUAAACUAAGAAACAUUGCAUUUAUGAUUCAUGAAAAGAAGCUAGGUUUAGUUGAAAAUUUAACUUAAACAAUUUUUUGUAUCAUUUUUAUUAAAAUAAUAUUGAUUGAUUACAUGAUUUGUUACGUAGUUAUAAAAUCUA